GCCAACAGAUUCAUCGCAUAAUCAGAGCCAAGUUCCAACAUACAUUUACCAUCAAUUGGGAGAUAAAUCGUCGAUUUUUGCGACGUAAUUAAUUGGAAUUAAGUGUGAAACAUUGUGAUAAACUUCCUCUAGUUUUAGUUAAUCUAGUUCAAUUUUAAUAAAUUCACAAUGUUCAUCUUGGACUGGUUCACUGGUGUCCUGGGCUUUUUGGGGCUAUGGAAGAAGUCCGGCAAGCUGUUGUUCCUCGGGCUGGACAACGCGGGCAAGACCACGCUCCUGCACAUGUUGAAGGACGACAGACUUGCACAGCAUGUUCCCACACUGCAUCCCACGUCAGAGGAGCUGUCGAUAGGUAGCAUGCGCUUCACGACGUUCGACCUGGGCGGGCACGCGCAGGCGCGGCGCGUGUGGCGCGACUACUUCCCCGCCGUCGACGCCAUCGUGUUCCUCGUCGACGCCUGCGACCGCGCUAGGCUGCCCGAGUCCAAGAAUGAGCUGGACUCCCUGCUGACGGACGAGACGCUGAGCAACUGCCCGGUGCUGAUCCUCGGCAACAAGAUCGACAAGCCCGGCGCCGCCAGCGAGGACGAGCUGCGCCAGUUCUUCAACCUGUACCAGCAGACCACCGGCAAGGGCAAGGUGUCCCGGUCGGAGCUGCCGGGGCGGCCGCUGGAGCUGUUCAUGUGCUCCGUGCUCAAGCGCCAGGGCUACGGCGAGGGCUUCCGCUGGCUCGCGCAGUACAUCGACUGAACACACACACUCACACUCACUCAUCACUCCCGUACUACCUACCACUGGCUGCUGACACUUGGACAUACGAGUUGUUCGACAGGCAUAAAGAAUAAAUUAAAUAAUUUAUUUGUGUCGUUCCAUUUGAGAAGGUCCUUGUGCACACUGAGUAUACGGAUCUUUUUAGUUGAACGCCACAUUCUUAAUUUAAAAAGACUUUUUGCUGACCACAAGCAUGAUGAAAAAAGAAAGUAUCGUUUUAUUUUAUGUGUCUGAUUUUUACGAUAAUUCUAACGAUUUACAAUUCUGUAAUCUCUUAGCAUUUUACUGGUACAGUCAGCAGCAGAAGUUGCGUAGCGGGCAAGGUGUUCAAAAUGAACUUGACACGAUCUUAUAUUUAAGACAAUAAGAGCGUGUUAGGAUCAUUGUGAACACCUUGCCCGCUACGGAACUUCUGCUGCUGAUUGUACAAUUUAGCCAAUUUGAAUGAGAAAAAAAAUCUACCAGCAAUACUUUAAACUCUAGUUUUUACUAGUUAAAACUUGCUGCCGCUAAAAUGCUACGUAAUUACCGAUUUAUAUUAUAACCAUUGUGGAAUAUUCACAUACAUACUUAAAACCAAAUUCAACUGCUCAGCAACACUAUUUGUUAAAAUAUAAAAUGUUGCAGCGUAUUUGAAUUUGAUCGGUGCAACUUUCGGCAGCCAGCGACCGCUCGCUUGCGCAUUUACGUGUCCUAUCUAUUCUGUUAGUUAAUUGAUUUCAACAUGAAAUUAGAACAUUUAAAAGUAUUUGUACAUAUUCUUGGCGAAUAUAUUGCAUAUUUGUCGUGAAACGCAAGCCGUAUGGAUGUUAGUGUCUGUGGUAGGCUUGCCUCUGCCACGAGAUGUCGCGGUUUGGAAAAUUCUCGGGGUGAUUCGCCCUCUCACUGGCAAUGCGUAUACCUAUACUUUUUUGUACGAGUUUACAGAGAUACAUAGUUUCACAUUUCAUUAUUGUAAAGUAUUUUAGAUACCCACAUUUUAGACAUUCUAAUUGACAUUAAUUUGAUGAAGUAAAGCAGAAUGUACAAAACUUGUUACUCAUCUCGUAGCGCUCUGCUAGUGGGAGAGCUCUUAGCGUUAUGUAUUGUGGUUCUGAACUCUCCAAGCUCAGCUUAUUGUAUAAGUUAUUUCAUUUUGCUGAAGAACUUGGCAACUCUAAAAAAUAUGCUUAAAUAUUUUUUAGGAUUGCAAGAUGUAUAAUCUGUCUAUUUAAAUAAGGUAAUGGUGCAACGCGUUAUAAGUUGAUAUUAUCGUUUUCGGUUUUCGAUGAACCCAUUGUGAGCGUGGGCAAAUCUCUGCAUAAAUUAUUAUUUUCUUCUAUUAUAAUUAUAAUCUACUAAUGUAUUUAUUUCUUAUUCUCAUUCCAACAUGGUGUCGAAUUGCAAUGUGGACUUGUAUUUAUCAUAUUUUCAUUGUGUUGUACAUUUCUAAAGUGAGGAUUGUUAUAUUUUUGUAUGUUACUUCAAUCAUUAGUGUGGCCCCGAGGGGCGGCGGAACGGCGAGUCCGCGGCGUGCGUCUUUUGAUGAAUUUAACUAUUUCAAUAUUAUAGUCAAGUAUAUUAUGAAUCUUCCAUUUACAACUACCGAUGGAUUAUCGAAACUUAUUCCACCGGCGUGAGUAGCGAGCGUGGGACUAAUCGCACCAGUUUCUAUUUUAAUCAAAAGCACAAAGCCGACUCAGUAGAAA